CAGCAAAAGACACGACGGGUGGCCGUGGAUAGUCGUGAAGGACCGGUCAACUGAAGUAAAGUUUGACUGUGAGUCCGUGCUAUAAGCGCCUGCCAUCCGCCAGGCCAUCCAAAUCACCUUCGCUCCACUGCAUAGGUCCACCAGUCCCACUGUCAAAGCUGAAGCAUGCGAUAUAGCAGAAUCAUGCACAGUUUUCCAUCAGGCACUGCCCGAUAAAGUGGGCAUUGGGCGUAGAAUCGUGUGUUUGAUGUUUCUGUCGGGCAUGUCCAAUUAAGUGGGCAGUGAGAGGGGAGAUGAAGAAGGCGCAUAUAUAAAGCACGGCAUUCUCAGCAAGCUUUGGAGAACAUCGGUCUACAUCUUUACCUUCUCCUGCAAACACGAUCAGUUACGAUUCACGAAAACAAACCACCAUCAAAAUGUUCACCAACACCAAGUCCCUCAUCAUCGCCCUCUUUGUCGCGGCGACCAUCCCCGCUGGCACCCUCGCCGCCCCCGCCAAGAGGCUCGCAGACGGCGUAACGUGCGAGACGUCCACCGGCAGCCCCGACACAGGCUCCGUUACGGACGUCAUCAACCAGGUCCGCGGCAAGGGCGGGCUCUGCCUCAACGACAACGACAUGGGCAGCGGCUGCACCACGCUGGUCAGCCACAACGCCGCUGCCAUCUCCAUGUGCGGCACCCCGUCUGCGACCCAGUGCACCGAUGUCGCUGCCAUGGCCAACGAGAUCCAGCAGACCUGCUUGUCCAACGGCAGGGCUGGCGGCCAGUACCGCAGGGGCCUCUAUGUCAUCGAGGUUAUCCACUCUUGA